AUGGCGGAGACCCAAGUGCCCGAGGUUGACUACACCCUCAACAACCCUGACACCUUGACCAAGUACAAGACCGCUGCCCAGAUUUCGCACAAAGUGCUCGAGGCCGUCUCUGCUCUGUGCCUGGAGGGCGAGAAGAUCGUCGAGAUCUGUGAAAAGGGUGACAAGCUCCUCGACGAGGAAAUUGCCAAGGUCUACAAGGGCAAGAAGAUUGCCAAGGGUAUUGCCCACCCCACCACUGUCUCUCCUAGCUCCUAUGUGACUCCCUACACUCCUCUUGUGUCCGAUGCCGCCGAGGCCGAGACUACCCUGAAGGCCGGCGAGGUCGCCAAGAUCCAGCUGGGUGCUCAGAUCGAUGGAUUCGGAACCAUCGUCUGUGACAUGGUUGUCAUUGCCAAGAAGGACUCCGCCAAGGAAGUUGUCACCGGCCGCGAGGCCGAUCUGAUCCUUGCAACCCACUACGCCAACGAGGUCAUGUUGCGCCUCAUGGUUCCGCCGGGUCUUUUGGCCCAGGGCACCGAGGAGGAGAAGAAGAAGGCCUCCGCCCAGAAGGCUCCUUCCCAAGCCCAGAUGUCCUCCUACCUGGAGAAGAUCGCCAAGGCAUAUGACUGCAACGUCGUCGAGAACACCACCAGCUGGUUGUUUGCCCGCAACGAUAUCGAGGGUAACAAGAAGAUCAUCCUGAACCCCGGCGACGGUACCCGUGGUGAAGGUGUUCCCGAGGUUGGUGAGGUUUGGGGUGUUGAGGUUGGCCUCAGCUUGGGCAACGGCAAGGUCAAGUCUCUUGACCACCGUACUACCCUGCACCGCCGCACCACUACCACUUACAUCCUCAAGCGCCCCAGCUCCCGCCAGACUCUCUCCGAGGUUGUCAAGAAGUUCGGUACUUUCCCCUUCAGCUUGCGCCAGCUUGAGGACGAGAAGGCCGCCAAGGUCGGUGUUGUUGAGUGCGUUCGCAACGGUGUCCUGCGCGCAUACGAGCCCGCCGGUGAUGCCAGCAACUCCCCGGUCUCCCGUCUGCUGACCACCAUCGCCAUCACCAAAAAUGGUAUCACCAAGCUUGCUGCCCCCGCCGCCAUCGAUCUCACCCAGUUCAAGUCUGACAAGAAGAUUGAGGAUGAGGAGAUCCUUAAGAUCCUCGAGCAGCCCUUGGCCCGCUCGACCGGUAACAAGAAGAGCAAGAACAACAAGAAGAAGAAGGCUGCCGGUGAAGAGUAA